CACCGGGUUCAGUUGCCUGGCGAAACUCUGUUGGAUCGGUUUUUUCUACCUUGGGUGCUUUUCCGUUGUUAUUGCUAACUUCAGUUUGCUUUUGGACAAUCCUUUUCUGGUGCUGAAUUUUUGUGUUUUGCGUGAGUGUGUUUUGUUUCGCUGCUUCAACUCCGAUCAGCUUUAGCAAGCAGUUUUUGGUGCAAUUUUUCGGUGAAAGUUUUUUUUUCGAAUUUUCUGAACCGGAUAGGAAAAGUUUGCGAAUCAUGCGGCUGAUAAUCCUGGACACUGCUGACUACGUGGGUGAAUGGUCUGCCAAGUAUGUGAUGAAACGUAUCAACGAUUUUAAACCGGGCCCGGACAAGUACUUUACACUGGGGCUCCCAACUGGUUCGACGCCGCUCGGAAUGUAUCGGUAUCUAAUCAAGUUCCACAACGAGGGCAAAAUCUCUUUCAAGUACGUGAAGACUUUCAACAUGGACGAAUAUGUCGACCUGCCAAGGGAUCACCCGGAAAGCUACCAUUACUUUAUGUGGCACAACUUCUUCAAGCACAUCGACAUCGAUCCGGUGAAUGUGCACAUUUUGAAUGGAAAUGCGCCGGAUUUGGUGGCUGAAUGCAAUGCUUUCGAAGUUAAAAUUAAGGAAGCCGGAGGCAUUGAACUGUUCAUCGGAGGAAUCGGUCCCGAUGGCCACAUUGCCUUUAAUGAGCCAGGGUCGUCGUUGGUCUCGAGAACCCGAGUAAAAACCCUGGCCCAAGAUACCCUGGAGGCAAAUGCACGAUUUUUCGGAAACGACAUCUCAAAGGUGCCGAAACAGGCCCUUACCGUCGGAGUGGGAACCGUGAUGGAUGCACGGGAAGUGAUGAUCAUGAUCAUCGGGGCCCACAAAGCUUUCGCCCUGUACAAGGCCAUCGAGGAGGGUGUCAACCACAUGUGGACGGUGAGUGCCUUCCAGCAGCACCCGCACACCAUCAUGAUCUGCGACGAGGAUGCAACCCUGGAGCUGAGAGUUAAGACUGUCAAGUAUUUCAAGGAUUGCUACGCGUUGGCCACGGCCAGUGGAAACCUGGACGAUGCUACCCGGCCUAAUUGAUGACCGUCGUCGGAUCCGGAGCAGAGGCUCAGCUGUUGAUCCUGGACCCAGUCUCCGGCUGUUGAAAUAAAAAUAAAGGAUUUACCUUUUUUUUCGUCUCUCGAAUUUGGGUAUACCUACCUACUUAUAUGUUUUGUAUAUUUAUGUUUGCUCCCACGCCGUCGUCGUCCCACCGGGGAGGAUCAAUUUUGUCCAAAUCACCUCCGGGCUUCCGAGAGAAUAAUCCGAAAGUGAAGAAGGAGGUGCCUAAGUGGAAUGAUUUGCGUUCGAAUGGCAUUUCAGUUUUUCACAUCAUUCAAGCUAUUAAUUAAAUUUCUUUUUUCAUAUGUUUCAUUUGUAUUUUACUCUUUUUCACCCAAAAAAA